AUCGCGUCUUCUUCUGGAAGGAAAAAGGAGAUUUUUUUUUAUCUGUCGUCAUCUGGUUUCGUAUCUUGCUAGCACCCCGUCGCGUCGAGUUCCAAUGGCAUCUCUUCACUCCCUCGCCGCCGUUUCUGUAAUCGCUACUAAAGGAACAGCAGUUACUUCGUCUUGUUCCUCAACUCUACGCCCUCUUUCAUCUCUACGAUUUAAACCACGCGAGCUCUCUAUAUUCCCAAACCAUCGCAAAGGCAAAGGGGGAGCAAUAAAGGCGCAGUCGAAAGAAGCAAGUCUUCCUCCUCCUACUGUGGGAGAGGGAGAUGCAUUAACUAGUAUCAAGCAUCUUCUCCUGCCUGUGAUUGAUCGCAAUCCUUAUCUCUCUGAAGGCACCCGACAGGCUGCUGCUACAACAACUAGUUUGGCAACCAAGUAUGGAGCUGAUAUCACUGUUGUAGUCAUAGACGAAGAAAAAAGAGAGUCAUCUUCGGAGCACGAGACUCAAGUAUCCAACAUCCGGUGGCAUCUAGCAGAAGGUGGUUUCGAGGAGUUCAAGCUGUUGGAGAGGCUUGGGGAAGGGAAAAAGGCAACUGCCGUUAUAGGAGAGGUGGCGGAUGAGCUGGGGACUGAGCUGGUAGUGAUGAGCAUGGAAGCCAUCCACUCCAAGUUCAUCGACGCCAAUUUGCUUGCUGAGUUCAUCCCCUGCCCCGUCCUCCUCUUGCCCUUAUGAAUUAUUAUUAUUAACCCAUCCAAAUCCUUAAACCAUGCCAAAUAUUUACUGUCUUGUCUUGACAGUCUUGUCCCUCCUCCUACGCUUCCUUGACUAUUUCUCAAUCCUUCUUUUCUUUUCAUGUAUUGUCCCUGGAAGAGACUAGAGAGAGUGUGUCGUAAUGUGUAAUGCACAUCUUCUGUAUGUUUUUAUUAUGAUGGUUCUGUGUGUCCGUUGUG